AUGGUCGUCGGAUGGGAAAAAGAGCCGUUAGGCUCGAGGGUAGUGGCCGACAGGGCCCUAGCAGUGGGACCCUGCGCUGUAGGAAGCAAAUGCAAACCAGACCUGUGGGGCACGUCCGCAGAAUGGGAAAUAGAACUGAGAAGAUGUAAUGGUGAGGUUUGGUUUGAGAAGGGUUGGCCGGAGUUCUCCAAAUUUUACUCUCUUGACUACGCUUUUUGGCUAGUUUUCGGGUAUGAAGGGAAUUCAAGAUUCCACGUCUUCAUAUUCGAUAGAAGUUGCACAGAAGUUGACUAUCCCAUAAAAUUGCCGGAGAAGGAAAAAACCGAUUACGAAGAUGACGAGUCGGUUGAAAUCUUGGAUGAUUUUCCCACAAGCCGAAGAAGAAAAGGGGAGAGAUAUUCAUCUUUACCAUGUCCUUUGCCUCCGAAGAAAAAAAGAAAGAGCUAUCCAAGGAUGCAUCCAUUGACUGAAAAAGAUAAAGCUAUAGCUCUUCAGAGAGCAAUUGCUUUCAAAUCUGAAAAGCCUCACUUCAAAGUUGCCAUGCAGCCCUCCUACAUAUUCGGCAAUUUGAUUUUGCCGGCGGGGUUUGCCAAGAGACAUCUUAUGCAUCAGCCUGAUGGUAAUGCCAUCCUUCGUCUUCCAGAUGGAGGAACUUGGGCAUUGAACUUGCAUUUGAAGUUGUCUUUUACCGGGGUACAGAAGCUUCAAACUGCUCCUUGUCUCCAGGUUUACAUGUAA